ACCACCCAAAAGGCAAUAUCUUAUGUUUUGAAGAUAGUUCUAGAGUUGACUUACUAGAGUAUUUUUCAAGAAUACUGAAAAUUUUCAGAACUCAAACUGGAUGAGACAUGUCAAAUGUCUAUGACAACUGGGAAAGAUUGGUGGGAGCUGUGAUUCGGAGAGAGCAAAUAUGGCAAAUGUUUCAUGAUCGCAGUCCAAGCGUCAGUUCCGUUUCAUCAGAUUUCAGUUUGGAUUCUCAGAUCCUUGAUUUCCCUUUUGAUUUUUCGAGUGGUGCAGGUACGUCUCUGUAUCAGCCACAUGCAGUUGAAAACUCCCAAAAGGAAGAAAAAGCUGUUAAGCAGCUGGGGUCUUCGGUACUAGAGAUGAGGGUCAAAAGACAAGAUGCAAUUCAGUGGAUGUCUUAUGGAUUACUCCCAAAGAGUUUAAGAGAGGUAAUCAAGAAGUACGACAAAUACCUCCUGAUUCGUUAUCUUCCCAAGGACCUCAGUAAAGUUAUUAUGCGUCAUGUUUGCUUGGCCCUUCUUAAGAGAGUGCCUCUGUUUAAGAAAAUGGAUGAAAAACUUUUCGAUGUAUUGUGUGACCGUCUAAAAACCGUGCUUUACACUGACAAUGGCUUCAUAUGGCGGGAUGGUGAUCCGGUUGAUGAGAUGCUAUUUAUAACUCGUGGAAAAUCGCUGUCAGAGUCAGUGACAACAAAUGGAGAAAAAGCUGACUUUUCAAAUUCUUUAUAUUAUCAUGUUGGUGACUUCUGUGGAGAAGAGCUCCUCGCAUGGGCGCUCGACCCCCAUUCGUCGUCCAACCUCCCCAUCUCGACCAGAACUGUUUUUGCCAAUUCAAAAGCCGAAGUGUUUGCACUGGCGGCCGAUGAUUUGAAGUUUGUAGUCUCUCAAUUCAGACACCUACACAGUAGUAAGCAGAUGCGUUACAUUUUUAGGUAUCACUCGCUGCAGUGGUGGGAUUGGGCAGCAAGUAUUAUACAAGUAGAAUGGAGGUAUUAUUGUAGGAAGAAGCAAGUCCGAGAAGAGGAUAACAGUUCGCAAGAUGCAUUGGCGAAGGCGAGAAUUCAAAAGAGGAUAUCAAUCAUUCUUCUUCAGAGGCCAUAUGAACCAGAUUUCACAGCUGCAGAGAAUUCGAUUCUGUACAAAUGUAAUCUUGUUAGUGUUGCACAUGGAAAUUCAAACAUCCUGGACUACAAUUGGGCAGCCCGGGCUAUACAACUAGCAUGGCAAAAUUAUUAUAGAAAGAAGCUAAUCCGGGAAGAGGCGAUCAGGUUUCAAGAUGCACUGACGAAGGCGAUAAUGCUUCCAAAGCCAGCUGAACCAGAUAUCACAGCUAAAUAGAAGUAAGCACAUUCUAAUUAUUUUUCGGGUUAUAGUAUUACAGUUUUAGACGCAUUCUGAGCGACCCAAGAAUGCACUUAUAAAAUUGUAGCUAACGGAUGAUCUUCACAGAUUUGGGUCAGAACGUAGCCCGAUCUGGACGCAAUUAGAUGUCUCAAUACUGAAUAUCUAUCGGGACCCUGGCCGGAAAACACGGAGAGCGCCAUCCUAUCUGCCAUCCUAUCUAUCCUCAUACUAUCUGUUUGUUCUUUCAGUUAUUCGCCUUGCAAACUUGUGUCCGGUCCUGUAUUCCAAUACAUAUUGUAACUGUAUCAUGCAAGUUAAUUGUAUGACUUGGUUCUGUACGAAUGUGAACUUGUUAGUGUUGCAUUUGCAAUUCCUUAUCUCACAUCCUACAUUAAGGACA